AUGGUGUCUUCGUUGCUUACACGAACCGAUCCAAUCGGUUAUGAUGAUCUCCAUGCAAUGUUGUUGAGCCAUGAGUUCUUACAUGGCAAAUCUCUGAAGAAACUUGCCAUCACUGAGCCUGCUGCCCCUGGAACUCAAAUAACUGCGAAUACUGCUAACAAAGUUCCAGAGUGGCGCACAGCUAUGGCCGAAGAAUUUAAUGCCCUCAUCCGUAAUGGCACAUGGUCCCUUGUGCCUCGCAACCCACGCAUGAAUCUCAUUGGCAAUAAGUGGGUUUACAGAAUUAAACAGAAGGCUAAUGGUUCCUUAGAGCGCUACAAAGCGAGUUUGGUGGCCAAGGGGUUUCAUCAACAGCAUGGUUUGGACUACAGUGAAACCUUCAGUCCGGUCGUGAAACCUACCAUGAUCCGAUGUGUGUUGUCCAUUGGUGUAUCUCAAAAUUGGCCCAUUCAGCAACUGGACGUCCAGAAUGCAUUUCUCCAUGGGUCAUUAGAUGAGGAGGGUAAGACUAUGCCGAUGCCGAAGAAGUAUUACGGCACACAAAGAGUGCGGGAGUGGUACGCAGAGCUUUGCCCGGAGACAUGGAGUUACGAGGUCCUGGGCUUCCGGACUCCUCUCUUUAAGGGAGGUGAGGACCAGGGUAUUACUUUCCCUAGGGCCAGGCGAUGGUCCAAGGGAAUUCUCUUAAAGAGUGACCGCUAUAAGGAUCUUCCUUCUGUUCAGGGCCUCUUGAAAGAGCUGCGGCUCGAGGAUGUCUCCCUUCGUCCCUACCUUCCGAAGUAUCUCCUUGAGCCGAUCCUAUUUGCCCGGGCUUCCGCUCUCUGUUCCCGACAGAUCCUCUUUGAGGGUCCAUGGGGAUUCUCCUUCUACCUGGGAGAGCAGGGGUUCCUACAGUGGUCCGAGGAGAGACUAAUCCCUUGUCUUCCUCCAGUUCACAUGCACACUCCUCUCUUGGAGCCAGAGGAGAUUCAACGUUUGAGGGUCGAUGAAUCGGGGGCGCAGUUGGCUACUGUCGGGGACUACUUCGCGUUUCUUUUCCAGGAGACUGUUUGCUUCCCUCUCACUCCAGAGGGUCCUCAGUACCCUGUCCGUCCCCUCUUCCCUGGGAGUCUUGGGCGAUCCUCGCGUGCCUCUCGAACGGUAGGAGCAGAUCCUGAGGCGGAGACUUCUGGUGGAGUCCCUCCUGUGCGGUUGACGGCGAAAACCCUCACUUCUCACAUCUCUCCCUUUCUGCUCUUCCAGGUGACCGCGGAUCGGUAUGCCGAUAUGCGGCACAUGAUGGCUAGUAUGGAUGAGGUCAUUAUUUCCAGAGGGGAAAUGAUACGCUACUGGAGGGAUCAGGAUGCAUUUCACCAGACUGAGUUGGAGAAGCAUCAGAUUGAUUCCGAGAAAUAUCAGAUCAAGUUAGACCAUGCUUGA